GCACUUGUCAACUGACUGUCAUCAAUAAACAAUUUUUGAGGUUAAGAGAUUGUUGAUGUUUGAGAAACUACUGUAUCUACAAAAUAAUAACUUAAUCAUAUCUUAUAACUAUUUGACUAAAGAUGGCCAAACAUCAUCCCGAUCUUAUUUUCUGUAGAAAACAACCUGGCGUCGCUAUAGGACGUUUGUGUGAGAAAUGUGAUGGAAAAUGUGUUAUUUGCGAUUCGUAUGUGCGUCCCUGCACCCUAGUUCGAAUUUGUGACGAAUGUAAUUACGGUUCAUAUCAAGGGAGAUGCGUCAUUUGCGGUGGACCCGGCGUGUCUGACGCUUAUUAUUGUAAAGAAUGUACGGUUCAGGAGAAAGAUAGAGAUGGAUGUCCAAAGAUUGUCAACUUGGGCAGCUCGAAGACUGAUCUGUUCUACGAAAGAAAGAAAUAUGGGUUUAGGAGACACUAGCAGUAAAGAUUUUUUUAAGUUUUUAUGGAAUUCUAUACCUUUAGUUUGUGGUCUAAUGUCCUUAUACAGGAAGUGGUUUAACUGGGCUGGAAGAGCUUAUUAUUUGGAAACAUAAUUGUGAUGCAAUUUUUUUUCGUCAUAGAUUAACCCUCCAGCUAAUUAUUACUAUUUCUCAUAAUUUUAUGUAGCAUUGUACUAAAAAUAGCUCUAUAAUUUAUAAUAGUGGCUUAGAGGUAUACAAGUCACACUUAUCAGACAAAACAUUUGUACUAUCAUGAAAUAUGGUUGAUUAUUAUUUUUUAUAGUAAUCAUUAAAUAGUAUAAAACUGAAUUAAAUGAUGAAUGAAUGGCUAUGUAUGAUUGUAUUGUAUACUAGUUAUUUCAGAAAACUGUUUCAAAUCAUAAAUGAGUGUGUGUAAUGAACUUUUAUUAAUUAUAAUGUGUGCCGCUAGGUUACUGAUUGUAAAAUAGUAAUUUUUAAGAGCUACAU